AGAAGACGCACUUCGAGUGAAACCGGCCUCUUUACGGCCAAAUAAAUAAAGAUGGCACGGCAUUUCGCAGCCGUGCUCAUCCUCAGUGGCCAUGCCCAGGCGCUCCGCGUCCCGCGCCCGCAGCUGCGCGUUGCAGGGCGCGCACGGGCGAUGAUGAACCCAAGGGGCCCUGCAAUUCCGUACGCGCUGCGCACGUCGCACAGCACGCUCUACGCUACCGACGCGGCCGCCGCCGCGGUCGAGCCCGAGCCGCAACAGCGCGGCCUCAAGGCCAUCUUGGCAAGCCCAGAGACGAAGAAGGUCGUCCCGCUCGCGCUCAUCUUCUUUUGUAUUUUAUUUAACUACACGAUCCUGAGAGAUACGAAAGAUGUGUUAGUAGUCACAGCCCCCAAAUCAGGAGCCGAGAUCAUCCCGUUUCUCAAGACGUAUGUGAAUUUACCGGGGGCCAUUGCGUUUACCGUACUCUACGGCUCGUUAUCGAACCGCUUCAGCCAGCCCCAGGUGUUUCGGGGCGUCGUGUCGACGUUUUUAGGGUUCUUCGCAGCGUUUGCUUGGCUUUUGUACCCGAACAUUGGCUCAUUACAUCCGCACGGCCUAGCUGACGCGGCUCAAAAGAUCCUACCAGGCUCCUUCCAGGCACCGAUAGCCGUGAUAAGAAACUGGACCUUCUCGCUCUUCUACCUGGCGGCGGAGCUCUGGGGGUCCGUGGUCGCUUCGCUGUUGUUCUGGGGCUUUGCGAAUUCCGUCGUCAGUGUCAACGAAGCGAAAAAGUACUACCCCCUCUUCGGUCUGUUCGCGAACGUCGCGUUGGUGUUUAGUGGGCAGUUUGUGAGGAUCGUGUCCAAGUUGAGAGCUGGGGCGGCCGACCCAGCCGCGGCGUGGGGCCUAUCUCUCAAGCUAUUGAUGGGCGGUGUUGUCGCAAGUGGUGGUGUGCUCUUAGGAGCUUAUGAGUACAUGCAGCGGCAAGUAGUUACUGACCCGAGGUGUGUCGAUCCCAGUACUCUAAAAAAGUCGAAGACCAAAACGAAGAUGUCCAUGAGGGAUUCUGCUAAAUACCUAGCGCAGUCGAAGUACAUCCGGGAUCUGGCUACGUUAGUGAUCGGCUACGGCAUGGCCAUCAACAUCGUCGAGGUGACGUGGAAGGCGAAUCUCAAGAGGCGCUUCCCGGACCCCGCGGCCUAUUCGGCAUUUAUGGGGGCUUUUUCUUCUACUACGGGCGGCGUGACGUUGUUCAUGAUGUUGGCGGGGCAAAGAAUACUGAAGAAGUUUGGGUGGGGCGUCGCCGCGGCCGUGACGCCUGUCACGUUGUUAGCUACCGGUUGCGUGUUCUUCUCACUCGUACUAAAGCCGGGCGUCUGGGCGCCGCUCUGUGGGGCGCUCGGUACGACGCCGCUGAUGCUCGCGGUACUAGUAGGAGCAGCCCAAAACAUCGCGUCGAAAUCCACAAAGUACGCGUUGUUCGACCCGUGCAAGGAGAUGGCCUACAUACCGUUAGAUGCCGAACAAAAAACCAAGGGCAAGGCCGCGGUCGACGUGAUUGGGAACCCGCUCGGGAAGAGCGGCGGCGCGCUCGUGCAGCAGAUGCUCAUUUUGUCGCUCGGGUCGCUCGCGGCGUGCACGCCGUACCUGGCCACGAUCCUCUUCGGCGUCAUCUUCCUCUGGCUGCGCGCGGCGCGGUCGCUCGCGGGGCAAUUCGAGGCGAAGAUGGCGUCCGAGUGAUCGACCCCCUGUUCUGUAGUUUAUAUAAAAAUCCCUCGCGCGCGUUCCCGGCCCGGUA